UACACGCGCUGCACAGUAUUUUGUGAGGAUGUCUCGCGAACCCACAUCCCAAAGCAGGGCUUUGACCUUGACAGAAGAACUAGAAAGGCUCGAGCAGUCAAUCACUCUGACAUUGCAAGAAAUUGAUCACAACUUCAGCCGUGCACAUCGCAUUGUCACUUCCAGCAUCUUACCAGUUGUUGAGGAGUAUACUGCGCACUCCAGAGAUGUGUGGGAAGGUUCCAAAUUUUGGAAACAGUUUUUCGAAUCCAGUGCCAAUGUUUCGCUAUCGGGAUAUGAAGAACAACCCUCUCAGGACGAACAUACUGAUGUCACAGCCACCGAUGAAUCGACUGCGACAGUGAGUCGGACGGAUCUUGAGACAUCAGAGUCGUAUGAGACGCCUUCGGCACAGCAUAUCUCGACCAGUUCAAUCCAGGAUCUCGACUUGUCGAAUUUAUCCGUCUCACCAUCGCAUAGCACACCCAGAGCCCCUACCACCCAAAGCAGUCGACCGGCAACCUUUGCCGACUAUCCAUCUCCUUACGAAACCUUGCGACAGGAGAUCAACAGUACGUCGUUGAACGUAUCCAAUGUGUCCUCAUCUAUUCCCCCUGAGACGCCUGAGAAGGCCACUUUUGCACUGAACGACAUUGCAGCCUCGCAAUCUUCUCCCUUUCUUCCUCCCCAGCCAACGUCGAUUCCUCGCCCCUCCACUGUUCGCAAAAAGACGGAUCCUCUCCUGCACCGUGUGUUGGAUCGAAAUUAUAGGGUUCAGGCUACCCCUCUGGCAAGCAAUCGAUUCACCGGCACAAGCUCGCGCGUCGGUGCAACACCUGCGACAGCGAAACAAACCCGAACCCUCGAUAUGGAUGCUAUCAUGUCUUCGAGCCCAGUCGCCCCUCCAGAACUACACCCAGAGAUUUUUACCUCGCCGGAACGGAAGCCACGCGUACCUGGAGUGAGUGUUCUCACACCGAGCCGAAACAAAGCGCAAACAUUACAGUCGCCAUCUCGAACAGCCGGAAUCUGGGACAGUGACGAUGAUGAUCUAGAUGAAGAUUUCCCAUACGACCAGAGCCCACCCAAAACCAUGCAAUUUCAUGUCCCACAGAAUCGGUUACUAAAAACGCCAGCGAAAGAGGCUUCGAAGAAGAUCAUGGACGACAUCCUGGCAACAGCAGGAGUCGACUAUGAUGAAGAAAUUGAUUUCACCCAGGGUUUAGAAAGCCCUGGAUAUGACAUGGACGUAAACAGCCCUAGUGUUGUACGCAGGGCAAUAAAUAUUGAGGAUGAGACUUUCUGAGUCUCAUCCGAU